AUGUCGACCGUUUCCGACCCUGAAAAGGCAGACAACGCCAUUGUCCGCCCCAACUCGUCCUACGACGGCUCAGACAAGCCAGACGUGGCUGCUCGCCCACAGUCCGCCGGCUCCGACGUCGACACUGCCUGGAAGUUCCUCCAGAGCGUAGGCCCCGUCGAUGAGAAUGAGGUCAACAGCGUCAAUCUGUCCUCACUCCGUCGCAAGGUUGACUGGCGCAUUGUCCCCCUCAUGUUCUGCUGCUACACGCUCCAGUUCCUCGACAAGGUCAUCUACAACUACGCCGCCGUCAUGGGCCUACCCAAAGACCUUCACUUCAAGGGCAACGACUUUUCCAACAUUGCUACCUAUCUCUUUGUCGGUCUCCUCUGCUUCGAAAUCCCCAACAUCUACUUCCUGCAAGUCUUUCCUUGCGCCAAGUGGCUAGGCCUCAAUGUCACUCUCUGGGGUGUGGCCACAGCCUGCGGUGCUGCCGCCCACAACGCUCAGACUCUGCUAGUCUCCCGUGUUUUCCUGGGAAUCUUUGAAGCCACCAUUGGUCCCUCUCUGAUGAUCAUUAGCAGCCAGUGGUACACCAAGUCUGAGCAAGCUCCUCGCUUCUCAUUCUGGUAUCUUGGUCUUGGUCUUGGUCAGAUCCUGGGUGGUGCCGUCUCGUACGGCUUCCAGCACAUGGGCGCUGGUGCCGCUCUGUCUGGCUGGCGAACCAUGUUUGUCACCCUCGGCUGCAUAACUGUUGCUAUUGGUCUCUCUGUCAUCUUAUUUCUGCCCGACACCCCUAUGCAGGCUACCUGGCUGUCCAACGUGGAGAAGGUCGCUCUUCUUAAGCACGUCUCCGUCAACCAGACCGGCAUCUCCUCCAAGAAGUUCCGCAUCAAGGAGAUUUUUGAGGCCCUCCUGGACCCCCAAAUCUGGCUCCUCCUCCUGGCUGUCGUCUUGCUGUCAGUCUCCAGCGGCGUCGUUACCACCUACUCGGCAACCCUGAUUCGCAACCUCAAGUACUCGCCCAAGCAGGCUGCCCUCAUGAACAUGCCGUCUGGCGUUGUCAGCAUCUUCUUCACUCUUUUGGUGGGCUAUGGUAUCCGUCAUGGCUCUCACCGUUGGGCUUGGAUCAUCCUCUGCAUUAUCCCCGCCAUUAUUGGUGGUGCGCUCAUGUCUUUCUUGCCCACCACCAACCGUUCCGGCAUUCUUGCUGGUAUUUACCUGGUCAAUGCCGUCGUUGCACCUUUGGCCAUUUUCUACAACUGGACCGUGGUCAACGUCGCCGGUGCUACCAAGCGCGCUUUUGCCUGCGCUGUCAUCUCGGGCUCCUUUUCUCUGGGCAACAUUAUCGGACCCCAAACCUUCCAGGCUCGCGACGCCCCCGACUUUCGCCCAGCCAAGCUUGCUGUUAUGGGCACUCAGGCCGGCUGCGCGGCUAUCACUUGCCUGCUAUUUGUGUACUACGUCUGGAUGAACCGUCGCCGUGCCGACAAGACGAAGCAAAAUGAAGAGGCGUACAAGUCGCCUGAGGUGUGGGCCAACAUGACGGACAAGGAGAACCCUCACUUUGUCUACACCUACUAG